CUGACCUUGUAUACCAACUUCAUGCUCCUGGUACGAUAUUAUGCAUAGCUCUUCCUUCUUCCUUAACCUCUCUCUCUCUCUCUCUCUGUAUAUAUAUGUAUAUAUCUAAAUUUUCCACCUGAAUCGUGCUUCAAAAAAGGAACUUCAGAAGUGGGUUCUCGGAUUCGAACCGAUGUCAGCAAGAGCAGUGGGGUGUGUUGCAGUGGCGGUGCAAAUUCGGGUGCUUCAGAAGUCACGCCGCUGAGGCUUCUGUCGGAGCAUCUGGGGUCAAUCCUGGAGGGCGGGAUUGACUUUUUUCUCCAUCAUUUGUCUUUCUGAGAAUGAUAGAUACGUGUUCAAUUAUUAACAGUGUGAAGCAGCUAUGAGAAUUCUAAUUGAAUUUAUAUAUCAUUGUUUUAAUGAACUUUCUCUUUCAUCUCGUCUGAGUUUCUUCUUGGCCAUUCCUUUUUAAUGAAUUUUCACAAUGGCUUUAUCUCAAUCAGUCUUUACACAAAAAGUUUUAGAAAAGUUAACAAAAUCACGAACAAAAUUUCUCAGAUUACUGUGUUCUUGAGGACUUAUUCUAUUCGCGGUAUAUUUUGAAUGUUAUUAUAAUAUUAAUAUAUAGCAGUGGUUAAUAACCAUCAUAAAAGAUGAAUAGGAAUAUAUAAUUUGCAAGGAAAUUUGAUGCUGAAAUCUAUAUAUAAUUCAUUUUGUGCACGCUUCAAGAACAGUUUUGUUUUCUUACAGGACAAUCUAUUACGCAUUCUUAAUAAGGUGUUGGUAGAUGAGAUUUUGAUGAUUCUGUUGGUCGCAAACUUAUGUGGCAAAAUGUGUGAUAGACUGCUAGCAAGGUGCACUGAGAUGAUGGUUAAAUCUGAUGCUGAUAUCACCACUCUUGAAAAGGAGCUGCCUCAAUCUUUGGUGAAACAAACAUGGAUUAACAAAUAGAACAUGGCAUGCACAUGCCCAGAAACUUCAAUUUUUCUGAUAAGACUUGUCAACAGAAUACACAGGGCUCUGGAUUCAGACGAUGUGGAAUUGGUAAGAUUGCUUUUGAAAGAGGGGCACACCACUCUUGAUGAUGCAUAUGCACUUCAUUAUGCUGUUGCAUACUGUGAUGUGAAGACCACUUCCGAGCUUCUUGACCUUGGACUUGCUGAUGUCAACCACAAAAACCAUAGGGGCUAUAGUGUUUUGCAUGUUGCUGCAAUGAGAAAAGAGCCUAAUAUUAUAGUUUCUCUCUUCUUUUCCACUUUGGAUGGUAGAAAUGCCCUUCAGAUUUCAAAGCGUCUCACCAAGGCUUUGGAUUAUUACAAUGCCACUGAAGAAGGAAAGGUGUCAUGCAAUGACCGAUUGUGCAUAGAGAUAUUGGAGCAAGCAGAGGCAUCACUUUCUCUUGCUUUGGCAGGGGAUGAUUUGCGCAUGAAAUUGUUGUACCUUGAAAAUAGAGUUAGCUAUUUUCUCACAUUACAAAUUCUUCAAUGAGUUUAAUUUCUAGGUUGCAAAAACGUAUUUUAUCAACCAAUAAAAAAUUAUCAUUAAUAUAGUACAGUUUCUGAUUGAACAACAGUGUACCACCAUGUCAGUGUGUGACAAUGUAAAACAAUUGAGCUUGUGAAUUUUCACCAACCCAAUUGAAUCAACAUCUGGGUGAGUCUUAAAAUUGAAGACUGAAUGCCCUUUUCGUUACUCUUAUCUACUACUUUGUAAAUGAAUAUUUCAGAGUAUGAACA